UAGACACGGUGAGGCCUUCAACCAAACAGUUCAAGUGCAAAUAUCGUUAGCAAUGCUGAGCAAAGUAAUCGUAGCAGUUUUCGUUGUAACGGCAAUUCUGCAACAGGCGACGGCGGCAAACUUGCCGGAGCCGCAGGAUACGCCGAAUGCACAAGAGGCGCAGGACGCGCCAAACACACGUGCAGCGAAGGAACCGCCAAAUUCGAUGGAGGCGCGCGCCGACGAAAUCGUUGAGCGCGCUUUGAAUUUUCUGAAUGUGAAGAACUGGAACGAGAAGGCUAUCGAUAAUCGUUAUAGCGCCGAAGAUGCGACCGCUUUGGCGUAUGCUUUGAAUGAGAUCUACACAGGCACUGCCGCGUCCUUCAAGAAGAUGGUGAAGUUGCAGUUGUAUUUGUUCAAGAAAUUUGAGGAGGCCGGCGAUGUGAAUGACAAAUACCUCUUCAAUGUGGCAUAUUACUUUUUGAAAAUCAAACAGAAUCAGCACUACGCCAGUUUGAGCAACGCUUUGAAGCGUGAGUUGAACGAUUACAUCAGCUAUCUGCCGCCAUCGCUCGAUCAUCUCUUCUUCCAGACAAAGUUCUGCUUGAUGAAUCGCGAACAUCUGAAUUACAUGUAUGCCACCGACACACCAAUUGACCGGCAGCGCGAUUAUAUUUUCGUAUUUAAAAAUGCCAAUGUCAAUAAUAAUAAACGCGCCUGGACCACAAAAGUCACCGAUGUGUCCACCAGUCGGCAGACGAAACUGAAGUUCGCCCUGAAGCACAACCAGUCGAAGCGCGUGGCUUAUUUGGAACGCAGCAACUACAAAGGCAAGAGCAAUAUGGUGGCCGCUUGGCAUUCCAGCUUCCAGCAACCGAGCAAUGGCGAGUGGAAUGUCGCACUCCACCAGAAUCAGCUGAUAUUUAGCCAAAAUGGACGCCUCAUUUGUGCCGAUGGCUCGAUCUACGACCGCAACCAUCUCUACGUGCUUGGACAGGGUGGAAAUGGUAACGGCAAAGAUGCACCCGAAUGCCAGUGGUAUGCCAAGGAGUGCCCAUGAAGGAGUGUGGAGCUGAAAAGUGAUGCAGACAGACUCUGCUAGAAAGUAGUUAAAAGUAAAAAUUGUAUCCUUUUGUGGCGAAAAGACUAAUCUGAAUAAAAAAAAAAAAUGAAAUUUGCAUAUGAAAAAACUU